CUCACCCAAAGCUUUUUUUUUUUGGAUUGGUUUUUGGGUUUUUUUCCCCUUUUUUUCUUCUUUUUUUUUUUCCAGUUCUUGUUUCUUAUACCAAUGUCCUCGUUAUUGAAACUACAAGAAUCAGUAUUAUUUAAAAUCAUCUAUUACUUGAAUUUGCAGGAACUACAACAAUUAGGACAAUCGUGUCGACAAUUACAUGGACUCAUAUAUAAUAAUCCUCGCGUAUGGCAUCAACAUGUAUUAUUUCCUGCCAAAGACAGUAGGUUGACAGACAAGUUUAUUCAGCAGCUAGUACCACAAAUAACUCGACAUUAUGGGAUUCAAACACUUCGACUGAUACAACUUCCACUGAGCUGGCUUGGUUACUUAUUUAUCUUUGAUCAAUUUGCACACUCGGUAGAUCAAAUUCAAGUGGAAACAACUCAUGCUGUAUUACAAGACUUGGUAUAUCAUUUGACGGUAUUUGCAGCCAACCUGACCGUGUUACAAUCUGACAAUCAUAUCCCUAUUACUUUUCGGCAGUAUUGUCACGAUGCAUCUUAUUAUUAUCAAGUGCUUGUGGAUCAUCGUUUUUUGGGUAAAUCAAAUGUGACGGAUAUGAUUGAAUUAUUUGACACAACUGGGCAAACACUUGUUUCUAAGUUAGAUGACCCUCCCUUUGAACGAUUACGACAAUGGCAAGUGGUUUGUACUGAUCAUAAUGAUGAUGAUGAUGAUGACAACAAAAAGGAUUGUUUGACCCGACUUCAAUGCAUAGUAUCUUUUUUGGCAGGUCGACAAGUCACCAAUAAUCUAGAUCCACUCGUAACCAUUGGACAAAAACGAACUCAAGAUCAGUUGGAACCUUCUUCAAGACAAAGACAGAGAUUGGUACCUCCUCCUCGUGCCUCUUCCCUUUAUGUUUGAUUAUUAUUAUUGGUUAUUUUGUUAUUACCAUCAUUGUAUCCUUCCUUCAUUUCCCCCCUCUCCUUCAGUUCCCACGCACCCUAUCUUUAUACCAUGUUAUCUACAUCCCCCCCUUUUUUUUUCUUCUUUUUGUUCAUCGUAUAGUAAUUGUAUGACAUAGUAAAAAAAAAAAAAAUUAGUUUACAUAUUAUAUUCCCGUGCAAAAUAUUUAUCAACAGAAAUAAAUAAUUAAAUAUAUAUAUAUAUAUAUGUCAAUCUAUUAUCACUUUAUAUAUGUAUAUAUUGAUAAG